AUGGCUGACUCUCUCUCUAUCGCCACGUGUGCCAUCUACGCCGUCCUGUUUUUUCCGGUUUUGUAUCUGCUUGUCAGACAUGCACGCUUUGGCUUGGCUGGAUGGCUUUUGUUGUUGAUCUUCUGUAUCAUCCGGAUUGUUGGUGGUGCUUUGGAGAUAAGCCAUACUGGCACUGCUGCCGGCAUUAUCUCCAGCGUGGGACUUUCGCCUCUGCUGUUGGCAACGAAUGGCAUCCUGCAUGAAUCGAGAAUAUACCACAUCCGCACUGUAGGCUGGAAAGUCCCUGCAAUCUUCGAAUUCCUCGUGCAUGGUCUGGUGGCUGCUGGGGUCGUCCUUACGGCCAUUGGGUCCUCAAAACUCCAGAGCCUUGACGGGUCAAUCGACAGUGCUGAGAAGAUGGUCAAGGUGGGUAUUGCUCUCUUGACUGCUGCAUGGGGGAUACUGGUUGUGCUGGCUGGACUGUCUUUUGCCGCGUCACGGACAAAUUAUGAUGCCAUCGUCCGCGCAGGGACAAUUCUGCUCUACUCCGCCUGUCUCGCCCUCAUCUUCAGCGGUAUCCGCGUCCUCUACACUCUUGUCGUUCUGUGCACACAGAAGGGAUCUUUCAUCCUGGAUUACGAUACCCUUGCACUCCGCGUUGUGCUCAGCUUCCUGCCCGAGGUGAUCGCGGUGAUCAUCUACAUCUGCGCAGGUAUUAUGACCCAGUCGGCAGCGAGCAAGCUGGCUAAUUAUGAGCCGGAAGAUUUGUCGGGGCGGAGACAUUUUACUACGUCUCGUGCGUGA